CUGGGGGCGCUGCGGCGACCCCUCCGCCGCCCCGUAGAAAUCUCCGCGGCCCCGGGGCCGCUUGCUUCCUGUUUGUCCGACGAGGAGACAUGGCGGCGGCGCCGGCAGCGGCUGGGUCCGGAGCCGGCCGAGGGAGACGGUCGGCAGCCACAGUGGCGGCUUGGGGCGGAUGGGGCGGCCGGCCGCGGCCCAGUAACAUUCUGCUGCAGCUGCGGCAGGGCCAGCUGACCGGCCGGGGCCUGGUCCGGGCGGUGCAGUUCACUGAGACUUUUUUGACGGAGAGGGACAAACAAUCCAAGUGGAGUGGAAUUCCUCAGCUGCUCCUCAAACUGCACACCACCAGCCACCUCCACAGUGACUUUGUUGAGUGCCAAAACAUCCUCAAGGAAAUUUCUCCUCUUCUCUCCAUGGAGGCUAUGGCAUUUGUUACUGAAGAGAGGAAACUUACCCAAGAAACCACUUAUCCAAAUACUUAUAUUUUUGACUUGUUUGGAGGUGUUGAUCUUCUUGUAGAAAUUCUUAUGAGGCCUACGAUCUCUAUCCGGGGACAGAAACUGAAAAUAAGUGAUGAAAUGUCCAAGGACUGCUUGAGUAUCCUGUAUAAUACCUGUGUCUGUACAGAGGGAGUUACAAAGCGUUUGGCAGAAAAGAAUGACUUUGUGAUCUUCCUGUUUACACUGAUGACAAGUAAGAAGACAUUCUUACAAACAGCAACCCUCAUUGAAGAUAUUUUGGGUGUUAAAAAGGAAAUGAUCCGACUAGAUGAAGUCCCCAAUCUGAGUUCCUUAGUAUCCAAUUUCGAUCAGCAGCAGCUCGCUAAUUUCUGCCGGAUUCUGGCUGUCACCAUUUCAGAGAUGGAUACAGGGAAUGAUGACAAGCACACGCUUCUUGCCAAAAAUGCUCAACAGAAGAAGAGCUUGAGUUUGGGGCCUUCUGCAGCUGAAAUCAAUCAAGCGGCCCUUCUCAGCAUCCCUGGCUUUGUCGAGCGGCUUUGCAAACUGGCAACUCGAAAGGUGUCAGAGUCAACGGGCACAGCCAGCUUCCUUCAGGAGUUGGAGGAGUGGUACACAUGGCUAGACAAUGCUUUGGUGCUAGAUGCCCUGAUGCGAGUGGCCAAUGAGGAGUCAGAGCACAAUCAAGCCUCCAUUGUGUUCCCUCCUCCAGGGGCUUCUGAGGAGAAUGGCCUGCCUCACACGUCAGCCAGGACCCAGCUGCCCCAGUCAAUGAAGAUUAUGCAUGAGAUCAUGUACAAACUGGAAGUGCUCUAUGUCCUCUGCGUGCUGCUGAUGGGGCGUCAGCGAAACCAGGUUCACAGAAUGAUUGCAGAGUUCAAGCUGAUCCCCGGACUUAAUAAUUUGUUUGACAAACUGAUUUGGAGGAAGCAUUCAGCAUCUGCCCUUGUCCUCCAUGGUCACAACCAGAACUGUGACUGUAGCCCGGACAUCACCUUGAAGAUACAGUUUUUGAGGCUUCUUCAGAGCUUCAGCGACCACCACGAGAACAAGUACUUGUUACUCAACAACCAGGAGCUGAACGAACUCAGUGCCAUCUCUCUCAAGGCCAACAUCCCUGAGGUGGAAGCUGUCCUCAACACCGACAGGAGUUUGGUGUGUGAUGGGAAGAGGGGCUUAUUAACUCGUCUGCUGCAGGUCAUGAAGAAGGAGCCAGCAGAGUCGUCUUUCAGGUUUUGGCAAGCUCGGGCUGUGGAGAGUUUCCUCCGAGGGACCACCUCCUAUGCAGACCAGAUGUUCCUGCUGAAGCGAGGCCUCUUGGAGCACAUCCUUUACUGCAUUGUGGACAGUGAGUGCAAGUCAAGGGAUGUGCUCCAGAGUUACUUUGACCUCCUUGGGGAGCUAAUGAAGUUCAACGUUGAUGCGUUCAAGAGAUUCAAUAAAUAUAUCAACACCGAUGCAAAGUUCCAGGUGUUCCUGAAGCAGAUCAACAGCUCCCUGGUGGACUCCAAUAUGCUGGUGCGCUGUGUCACUCUGUCCCUGGACCGAUUUGAAAACCAGGUGGAUAUGAAAGUUGCCGAGGUCCUGUCCGAAUGCCGCCUGCUUGCCUACAUAUCCCAGGUGCCCACGCAGAUGUCCUUCCUUUUCCGCCUCAUCAACAUCAUCCACGUGCAGACGCUGACCCAGGAGAACGUCAGCUGCCUCAACACCAGCCUGGUGAUCCUGAUGCUGGCCCGACGGAAAGAGCGGCUGCCCCUGUACCUGCGGCUGCUGCAGCGGAUGGAGCACAGCAAGAAGUACCCCGGCUUCCUGCUCAACAACUUCCACAACCUGCUGCGCUUCUGGCAGCAGCACUACCUGCACAAGGACAAGGACAGCACCUGCCUAGAGAACAGCUCCUGUAUCAGCUUCUCAUACUGGAAGGAGACAGUGUCCAUCCUGUUGAACCCGGACCGGCAGUCACCCUCUGCUCUCGUUAGCUACAUUGAGGAGCCCUACAUGGACAUAGACAGGGACUUCACUGAGGAGUGACCUUGGGCCAGGCCUCGGGAGGCUGCUGGGCCAGUGUGGGUGAGCGUGGGUAUGAUGCCACACGCCCUGCCCUGUUCCUCCCUGCUGCUCUCUGCCUGCCCCAGGUCUUGGGUACAGGCUUGGUGGGAGGGAAGUCCUAGAAGCCCUUGGUCGCCCUGGGUCUGAGGGCCCUAGGUCACAGAGAGCCUCAGUCCCCAUAAUGAGGACAGGGUACCAUGCCCACCUUUCCUUCAGAACCCUGGGGCCCAGGCCUACCCAGAGGUAAGAGGACAUUUAGCAUUAGCUCUGUGUGAGCUCCUGCCAGUUUCUUGGCUGUCAGUCCCGGAGUGGGGAGGAAGAUAUGGGUGACCCCCCUCCCCCGCAUCUGUGAGCCAAGCCUCCCUUGUCCCUGGCCUUUGGACCCAGGCAAAGGCUUCUGAGCCCUGGGCAAGGGUGGUGGGUACCAGAGAAUGCUGUCUUCCCCCAAGCCUGCCCCUCUGCCUCAUUUUCCUUUAGCUCCUCUGGUUCUGUUUGCUCAUUGGCCGCUGUGUUCAUCCAAGGGGGUUCUCCCAGAAGUGAGGGGCCUUUCCCUCCAUCCCUUGGGGCACGGGGCAGCUGUGCCUGCCCUGCCUCUGCCUGGGGCAGCUGCUCCUGCCUGAGCCUGGACACGGGGCCCUUCCUUGUGUUGCCAAUUUAUUAACAGCAAAUAAACCAAUUAAAUGGAGACUAUUAAAUAACUUUAUUUUAAAAA